UUAGAUACGUUUAUUUAGUUGCUUAUUGAUUUUUUGCUUUCAGACUAAUGGCGAUGCCGGCGUGCCGGUUUUAUAUAUUCACUGACUCUUGACUGAGAGGGGGAAUUAACGCUCGAGAGUUUUCUAGAAUGUUAACGUUCGAGAUGCUUCUGGUCGUUACUUUAAAGAUUAAGUCAGUCAUUUUGAGUGAGCCAUCGGAGCAUAACGCUAAUAUUUAUUGCCAAAACCUAAAAAAACAAUUAGUUUUUCCAAAAAAUGUCCCGGAAACUAGAAGAUACCGACUUUCAGUUCGCGGUUCCCUGUGGUGUGCCAAAAAGAAGAAAAGUUGAAGUUAGAAAUAGUGAUUUAAAUGGCAAAUUGAAUUCACUGUCUAGGUCAUCGAGUUUCUCCUUCAAAACUCCAAGCUACAAUGAAAAUCUGGACGCAGCAUUUCAAUCCGUUGCUACAGAGUCGAGUUCUAAAAAAUCGGAGUGUUCAAUGCCGAGGAUGUCUUCUUUUCUGCUGAAGGAUUCAAGGAAGCCGAACAGAGACAGAAGGUCCCAUUCUCUGAAGAAGAUGUCGGCGUUUUCUGGGUCCUGGCCGAAGCUCGGGUCUUCGGACUUUAAGAACAAGUCUAGAAAUUAUAGCAAAAAUUCGAAGGCUGAUAAAUUUACAAGUAACUUACUUUUUGAUAAAGAUUAUCAUGAUUUUAUUGCUUCGUUAGUUGGUGAUGCUGGAGACAAGGUUGACCUGGAUGUUACGCCUCCAGUUGGUGAUUUAUUCGACGGUGAAGAUGAUGAUGAUGAUGAUGAUGUUAUCAAGAGUAGCAAGGACUCUGUUGAUCUGGAUGUUACUCCGCCAGUUGGUGACUUGUUUGAUGAUGAAGAUCAAGAUGAUGAAGAUGAUAGUGGGAAUAAAGACUCUGUUGACCUGGACGUUACUCCUCCAGUUGGAGAUUUGUUUGAUGAUGAUGAAGAUGAAGAUGAAGAUGAUGAUUGUAAAAAAGAAGUAAUCGAUUUGGAUAAAACGCCCCCAGUUGGUGAUUUGUUCAAUGAUGAUGAUUAUGCUGAUAAGUCAGCCAGUUCUGCAAACUCGGAGGAUCUUCAAGAAAUCACUCCGCCUGUCAGUCCCUCACUUAGCUUCGGAGAAGACGAUUUUGACACCUGCAAAAUAACAACCUCCGAUGGAGUUAUCCUGAAAACUGGAGACGAAGAUGAGGAUAGCCUCCGAACAUCAGUUGGAGCCUCGAGAGUCUUUCAUGUGUUACCUGGAGACGAUCAAGUGACGUUGACUAUUUAAAUUUAACUAAUUUUAGUUAGUUUGAUUGAUAAGAUAGAAAUUUUUUAUUGUAAAUAGUUAAUUUAAUCUUUAAGUAAGAUUUUUG